UUUAAGUGAUGGUCUUCAGCCUUCUGAAACCAUGAUUGGGCACAUAGUUGAAAUGGAGGUACGUAUCAUUAUCUCUAUUUUUUAUUUUUAUCGUGACAUGGCUGAAAAUAUUGCUUUUUUGGGUAGAUGGAUUACAUAAACACAUCACACCCGAAUUUUGUGUGUGGGAGUAAAGUUGUGGAGGUUACCUUGCAGCAAGUGAAAUCUUCUAAGCUUGCAACAACAGUGUCGAGGCAAAAGGAUGGAGUUGAGUCUGAAAAAGCUCCACAAUCUGAAAGGGGUAUAAAGUCACGUGCAAUUCUUUCUAGGCCUGUUAAUGGAAUUGUCAUAGAACAGGUUCUCUUUCUUGCAUUUAACUUUUAAACACGUUUUAGCAUUGUUGUUCGAUAAUAUCUUAGAGAAGCAGAUUCUUUU